AUGGAGGAGAAUAUCCCAAAAAUAUACGCAGACGACAUAUUAAGCAUGAUAUCAAAGUUAGAACAAGACAUGAUAACAAUAAAUGCAUCACAAAAUGAACUCCUAGAAGCCAUUAGGAAUGUUGAAGAAAAAGUCAUUGAUGAAAAAGAAUACAAUUUAAUAAAGUCAAAAAUGGAUAAGGUGUCGCAUUAUAGAACCAAACUGCUAUCGCUCAGAGCAACAAUGUCAAUGCUGACAGGAAGGUCUCAGCAGUUGAAAGACAGAGCUGAAAAGCUGCGGCGGAUGAAGUUAGAUUAUUUAUCACAAGUUGAAGAUAUCAAGCGUAUCGAACGUGAAAAGGACGAGUUCAUCGCUGCUAGUGUCUCAACACCUAUUAGCUAUACAUCAGGAAAAUCAGAAAUACUGUUGCCAAAAACCAAGAAAAAGAAAAAGAAAGCAAAGGCUCGCCAAGUGUUGCUAGAUGAUGAAGACAGUAGCAGUAGCAAAGACACAGCUUGGAAAUCGCCAAAGCGUUCACUAAGCCAAAAGGACUUGACUAAACAAGACUGA